AGAGCUCUUCGGCUGCCUUGGCGGUACCUUUGCGAGCCGGGUUGUGUUUCCAGCCGGGGAACUUGGACGCGUCGGACCGUGCCGGGUAGAAAGUGGGGUUGGGGUGGGCCUGGGGGGUGGGCAGGAAUUUAUUUCCCUUCAUGGUUUCCUAACGGACUUUUGGGGGCCGGGAGAAGGGAAAUUGGUUUUUUGUCGACGAGGAAGAAGCUACUGCUUUGUUUUGGUGGGGAAGCUCCGCGAGGAGGCCCGUGACUUCCAGCUGACGAGCCUGAAGCGUCCUCGACUUCUCCGCCCUUCCAGCGGGUGUGAGGGGACCCCUCUGACCUGGAGCUGGUUAGGCCCAGGUGGGAGGCGGAGGAGGGAAGGCCGGGCCCCUGUUCCAGGCGGGGCGGAGCUGGAAGCCUCCCUUGAGCUGCCCUGCUGCCGCCGCGGCGGGGGAAAGGCUCCCCGGUCCCGAGGACGACGGCGCUGGACUACGUGUGCGACAUGUCCCCCACCAUCUCCUACAAAGACAGCAGCCGGCAGCGCCGGCCGGGCUCCUAUCAGAACUCGGUGGAUAUGCUGAAGAGGGAGCUCCCGCCCCCGGACUUCUGCGGGGAUGGCCGCGCCGAAGUGGGAGAUGACCGAGAGGCGCUUCUCCAAGAGCCGAGCGUCACGCCGCUGGGGACACCCCGGGGCUACCGAGCGGAGCUGGGCAGCAUCUUGCUGCUGCUCUUCCUCUACGUGCUGCAGGGCAUCCCGCUGGGGCUGGCGGGCAGCAUCCCGCUCAUCUUGCAAAGCAAGAACGUCAGCUACACGGACCAGGCUUUCUUCAGCUUCGUCUUCUGGCCUUUCAGCUUGAAGCUGCUGUGGGCCCCCCUGGUGGAUGCCGUGUACUUCAAGAGCUUUGGCCGGCGCAAGUCAUGGCUUGUGCCCACUCAGUACACCUUGGGGCUUUUUAUGAUGUACCUUUCCAGGCAGGUGGACUCUUUGCUUGGGGAGGAGGAUGGCAAAAGCCCAGAUGUGGUGGCUCUUACAGUGACCUUCUUCUUGUUUGAGUUUCUGGCAGCCACUCAGGACAUAGCUGUAGAUGGCUGGGCAUUGACUAUGUUGUCUCGGGAGAAUGUGGGCUAUGCUUCCACUUGUAACUCUGUGGGACAGACAGCUGGCUACUUCUUGGGAAAUGUCUUGUUCUUGGCUCUGGAAUCGGCCUCCUUCUGCAACAAGUAUUUGCGGUUUCAGCCUCAACCCAGAGGAAUUGUAACGCUUUCAGGUAUAAAUUUUUGAAAUGAAUGUAAUGAUGCAGAUCUAUCCAAGAGACCCUUUUAUCUCCCCCCCCCCCAAGCUUCUGUGUCCUCUUCAGGUUGACAAUUGUUCAUGUGUAGUGUGGUAAGAAGUGGUGAUGGAUUAGUCUACUAUGGAACAUUUCAUUUACACCCCUCUUAUAGAACUGCAAAAAGAAUUACAGUACCUGUGUGGAUUUUCUAUUCCAGAUUGCUAUAUCAGCUGCCCAACUUUGAAGGUUCACAUUUGUUUAGGAACUGUCUGAUCUAGAUACACUCUUUUGAUAAAAAGCUGGUGGAUGGGUGGGUGAAACCUGGAAGAACACAUGCUGCUAUAUUAGCACACUUAGUGAAAAUGCAGUGUUAUCUUACAGAAGUUUUGGUAUUUGCUGGUUCAUGCUAGAUAGCAAUUCUGCAUUUACACAUUUUGCCCAGAUUACUUUGCUUGAAAAUGGAGCUGCCAUGUCAUCUUAAUUAAUUAAUAAGCUAAACUAAGCUAGUUGUCCUCAUCCAUGUUGCUAACAUUAAUAAUAAUGAGAGGUAACAUCCUUCAGAUACCUAUGGUGAAAAGACCCAAAGCAAAAUGAACAAUUAUAGCAGGCACAUCCAACUUCCAAGAGACUGCCAUCUACUCACACUAUAACAAACUGGCAGAGAUCUACCCAUUGGUUUGACCAGAGUUGUUGAGCUUUUUGGGGGGAGGGGGAGCCAAAGUUGUUGAGCUUUUUUUCCUUUUUUGGGGCGGGGUGUCAGGAGCCUGUGAUUGACAAGGGACGACCUUGGGCAUCCCGUGAUCGACCAGUAGAUCGUGAUCAACCGGUUGGACAGGCCUGAGUUAUAGUAUAGGUUUACAACUAGAAGCAGAAUUGGUAAAGAUCUGUCAAAUCUAGUUUUUUCAGAACUCUCUUCAAGAAUGGGAAGAGAGGCAUUACUUUCACACGUCUACUUUCCUGCCACCAUAAGGUUCUGCAUAAGGUUGAAAGCACACAAUUGAAAUGUAAGGUGUAAUCAUAUGGUAUUAAAAACAGUUUAGAAGCAAUUGUAGUCACAGGAAUAGGGUGGUUCCUGAAAACACGUCUCAAUUGCCAGAGACCAGAGCAAAGAGGUGUGUCUUUAGCAUAUGUUGGAAAUUGUGUAUGUUUCUGAAAAAAGUGAUUAAUACAAUAUAUAUAAUAUAAUGAAGGUGCCAUAUGUACUUCUGUGGGAAGGGAAUUCCACAACCUAGGAACUACCACAAAGAAUUCCCUCUCCCACAGCACAGCUUGAACUUUUGAGGGCAGUGGGACUACCAAGGAGGCCCCCUCUACUGAUCUUGACAACAAGAGCAUCUGUAUGGAAGUUAUGGGCUAGUGUUAUAUCAGAUAGACACAACAAAGAGGCAACAGAGAUCCCAGUGAUUUCAGACUGGCUACUUAUAUAUCUUGCUUUGUGCAUGCAUGUUUUAAUUUAUCACAAUGCUUCCAGUUUGUUAAGUAGGGUUCUUGAGGUUGGGGAUAAGAGUAUUUACUGAAAUGAGUUCUUAAAUUUCAUUAUUCUUAACUUAAUUUGCUUAUUCACAUUGUGGUCUCCAAAUCCAUUCCUACGGGGAUUAAUCUGACAUCUUUUCUUCUGGUAAAGAUUAAGGCCGCACUAUGUAGACUGCUUGCUCCUGUGGAGCCCCUUUUUUAUUUGGAUGAGCUAAUAAUCCAGCAUAAAUUACCAGUAAUUGGUUUUGUGAAAUCUAUUUUUCUUAUUGGACGGUAUGUUAAUUGUUUUACGAAGGUUGCAGCUAGUCUUAGUGUUGGUUUUAAAUAGUAUGUUAUUAGCAUCAAGUGUCUUCAUAAUGGAAAAGGUUUCAUUUCCCCUUCAGAUUUCCUAUUUUACUGGGGUGCUGUUUUCUUAAUCACUACCACCUUGGUCGCACUCUUGAAAAAAGAAGAUAGGGAAAGACACCCAUCAAAAGAAGAAACAAAAGGCAUCAUGGAUACGUACAAGCUGCUCUUCUCAAUAGUAAAAAUGCCAGCAGUCCUUACGUUUUGUGCCCUGAUUUUAACAGCAAAAGUGAGUACAUGAUUUGUGAUUAUCAUUUGGGAAUGUGCCUCAUUUUUAUAAGUUCCUGUUAUUCAUGGACCUAUAUGCCAGUCUUAUGAGCUACUAUGCCAGAAAACAUAUUAAUUGAGAAGAGAGCUACUAUUGCUAGCUAGCUAGCUAUUUAUUUAUUUGAUUUAUAUACCACCCUUUAACCAAAGAUCCCAGGGUGGUGUACAAGAUUAAGAACAUAAUUUAUGGAGCAUAAUAAUAAAAGCAUAAUACUGAACAUAAUAAUAGACAGCAUAACAAUAAAAUAAUCAUGAUAACAGUCCGUCCCCUCUGCCGCAGAUUGUUUAAUGACCAAACACCCUGGUAAAGAGGAAUGUUUUCACCUGGCACCUAAAGACAUGUAAUGCUGGCACCAGGUGAGCCUCUGUGGGGAGAGUGUUUCACAGUUGAGGGAACCAUCACAGAAAAGGCCCAUUCUCAUGUUGUAAGUCUCUAAACCUCUCAGGAGUGGGGACAUAGAGAAGGACAAGCACAAGGUCUAGAUCAGUUUAUAUGGGGAGAGGUGGUCCUUAAGGUAUUGUGGUCCUGAACCGUGUAAGUUAUGAGAUAGCAUUGUAGCUGAGUUGAUACAAAGCAAUAUGUGUGUCAUCUUAAGUAUGCACUUUCUGUAGGAGCAAUAGAUUGGAAGCCCUAUACAGACAUUAUUUUGUGUGCAGAGGGGGAAGCCAAUGUGGUGUAAUGGUUCAGAGUGUUGGACUAGGAUCUGGGAGAAUAGAGUUCAAAUCCCCACAUGGCCAUGAAGCUCACUGAGUGACCUUCUGGCAGUCGCUACCUCUCAGCCUAACCUACUUUACAGGGUUGAUGUGGGAAUAAAUUGAGAAGGAAUGAACCAGAUUAAAAUACAUGUCAACCUUCUGCAUGUCUGGAUAAGCUUGCCUAAACAAAAAUGCUUUCAGCUAGUGUCAAAACCACUGAUGUCAAUAGGCAGGGAGUUCCAAUGAAAUGACAACAAGAUUGCAUUUCUCAGUGGUUUAGGUGUUUAAACUAUUGGACUCUUCAGAAUUGGCAUUCCAGGGGAUGGCAAGCUCCCACUUUUGUUUUCUUCUUCUGCUAACAGAGAACAUGAGCCUUGUUAGCUCUGUAAUGCUGACUGUGCUGUUACUUUUUUGUAUUUUUCUACACCAUUCUCUGACAUGGGAGGGGAAAGAGGGAGCCUCAUGCUCAGUCUCCAGAGGGCUGCUCUUUCUUUGAUUGAGAGCUCAUUGAAUGCAGUCAGUUGAGAGAGGAACAGAGCCGUUGUCAUUGGCUCCCUGAUGGCUGCAAUUGAGCAGUCAUAUCUUAACCUAAUCAGCAGGGAUAUAAAAGAGGAUUAUGACGAUGGCUCCAUAUUGUGCUGCAAUGGAUCCUAGAAGUCCUCAAUUAACCAUAAUUUCCUCUUACGUCUGAAUCAGAAAAAACCAUGAUUACUACAGUUUCAAGUUCUUUGUUCUGAACCUAGUCACCACAGCUCCUCCCCCCUUUCUGGUUCUGAUUUAACUCUGGUUAAUUGCUGGCAUUGUGGCAUAUUGCAGCAUGCCAGGGAGGGAAUUGGUAGCACAGCAACAAAACUCACAGGCAGAAGGCUUGAGCAUGUCUCUAGCUUAUUAAACUACAGCACGAUCAUUCAACUUUUCCUAGGGUUCUUUCUUUAAAACUUUUUGUAAUUUGCAAGACUGCAUAAACAAUACGCUACCGAAGCCUCUCUGCCAGGAAGCUGGAUUAAAAAAACAGUUGUUGAACGAGUUUGUUCUAAAAACAAACUCCGCUCCUGAGAGCCAACAGGAUUGUUUCUCAGUGACUAUCAUAGCUGAAAGAGGGAAAUAUUGGCAUGCAAGGGGAAGCUCCGUUAAAUAUCCCGGAAGAAGGUAUAAUUAGACCACUGGAACCCUGGACAAGAGUCGUUCACACUGUAACAUUUUGUUGCAGUUCCUACUGGUUUAAUGUAAACACUGCCUCUUUCGAUUGUUACAUGGGCUAUAUUUAUGAAGCCAUGCUAGCACUGCAAGAUUAUUGAUCCAAUACAGUGGUACCUCGGGUUACAAACACUUCGGGUUACAAACUCCGCUAACCGUAGUUGCUCCGGGUUGCGAACUUUGCCCCAGGAUGAGAACAGAAAUCACGCAGCGGCAGCGGGAGGCCCCAUUGGUAAAAGCGCGUCUCAGGUUAAGAAUAGUUUUGUGUUAAGAACGGACCUCCGGAACGAAUUAAGUUUGUAACCCAAGGUACCACUGUAAUUAUUUUUGUAUAAUCUCCCAUAUUUGCCCUGAUAUGGCUAUCAGCUAUGUUGCUUCCUGUCAAAUGUUGGAAUGAUUCCAAUUGUUCAAGAAGCUGCAAUCUCAAAUCAAGGUUUCAUACUCAACUUUGAUGGCCCACCACAAACAAUGGUUUAUAAACUGACACAGGCUCAGGCAAAAAAGCAAACCAUGUUUUGUUAGUUUAAUGUGUUAGUGUUAUGUAUUGUUUUUGUAUUGUAUUGUAUUGUUUAUUUUUUUGUAGUGUUUAAAUUGUUGGAAAAGUAAUAAAUAUUAUUUUUUUUAAAAAAAGCAAACCAUGGAUUUUGCAUAAUGUCUAAAUGUCCAUGGAUUUUGCGUAAUGUUCUAUAAGCGGAGGGGCACGAUUUAAUUUGUCUAAGCUAGUGAUUCCCAAACUGGUCCAUGAACCACCUGUGGUCUGCAAGCUUCAUUCAGGUAGUAUGUGGCAUGUAAUAUUGAUUUUUAGCUGUAUUUUGAUUGUUUGUUUUUAUUUUUUAUAUUGCAUUCUAUUUUAUUACUAUCUACAUUCAAUAACUGAACAAUAUAAGAGAAAAAGAAGCAAUAAAAAUACAAUUAAAAUCAUACAUCAUCCAGUACAGUGCAUUACAAUUGCUGUAGUGAGCAGAAAAAUCAUUAAGUGGUCUGCAAGACACUCAGCAGUUUUCAAGUGGUCCAUGAGAAAAAAAUGUUUGGGAACCACUGGUCUAAGCCAAAGGUGGGGUUGAGAACCUGUGGAAUCGUUGGGUGCCAACUCCCAUAAACCUCAGUCAACAUGACCAAUGAUCAGGGAUGAAUUGAGUUGUCUGGAGGACCACAAGUUCCCUUUCACGGUCUUCUUCUUAAAUACUGAUUUGCUAUUCUGGACCACAGUGUUGGGAGCUUGGAUCUGGAUCAAGUUUCAGAAAGUCCAGGGAUGGGUGACCAUGAAUAAGUUACUACAUAUCAGUACAGCAGGAAAACCUUGUUGUAUGUGUGUAAGAUUGUAAAAGGUUUUUAUGUUGCAGAUCGGAUUCUCGGCAGCGGAUGCAGUCACAGGCCUCAAACUGGUAGAAGAAGGAGUACCUAAAGAACACUUGGCUCUUCUUGCUGUUCCAAUGGUUCCACUGCAGAUCAUAUUGCCUCUGAUUAUCAGCAAAUACACAGCAGGUCCACAGCCCCUGAACACAUUUUACAAAGCUAUGCCUUUCAGGUAAAAAGCCUCUUGAUAGUUAAACCUGAUAAUACACAACUCUGUUAAUGUGAAACUAUAAUUUUGUAACCAUUAAAAGCAAUGAGAUGUGCAUGUUGGGCUUUUACUUGGAAAGCUUUGCCGUGGUUAUUGGUUCGAAAUCCCCUGCUCUUGUUCGCUAUGCAAUUUAUAAUGAAGUGCUGUAGCUUUGCUGAAUUACACUGGUCAACAACAAAUUUGUUGUCUGCGUUUUUUCAGUUGAUUUAGGAUGAAUCUGAUGCACUGAAUCCAAAAAUCACAUUGGUUUUGCUCAAUCAGGUCAAGUUUUUGAGCUAUGGCCACAUGUCUUUUUUUACGUUUUUGUUCACAUGUACGCUUGUGUGGAGCAUUUUAGAAGAAGUUGGUGGGGGUAAAAUGCCAUGUCGAAUAAUUGUUUUGAUUGGAAAUGAUUAUUUUAAUGACAAGAAGUAUUCAGGUCCGAUAGUUCUGGGUGAUUAUGUCGAAAACGGAUCCGUUUGAAGUCAUAAAACCUCGAAAUCUUCCAUAAAUUGGUGCGGCAAAGCAUAAAGUUGGGGGAUCAAAACUAAGUUAAUGGGGCAGCAGCCCACGAAGUAUCCUGAUCUUCAAUCAGCACGUCGUCCUGUAGCUCAUUGUGAUGAAAUUCCAGUGCCUAUCUUCGGAGAACUUCCUGACAUUAGUGACAAAGAUGCCUCCAGUGUUGAAGGACAUGAAGAAGAAGAAGUGGUUCUUGAAGAUGAUGCUCCACAUCCAUUUUUCCAAAAGGAGUUGAAUGAUCUAGUUCGUGACCUCAGCUUGUCAAAGGACUCUGCCGAACUGUUGGCAUCCAGAUUGAAGGAAAAAAAACCUCCUCUCUGACAGUGCUCGCAUCAGCUUCUUCCGCAACAGGCAUCAAGAGUACCUCCGUUUUUUCUCAGAAGAGAAGGACUUGGUGUACUGUGCAGGUAUUGCGCAGGUUCUGCUCAAGCUUGGAGUGCCACAGUACGAACCCAAAGAUUGGAGACUGUUCAUUGACAGCAGCAAGCGAUCACUGAAAUGUGUUCUGCUACACAGCGGCAACCAGUUUGCCUCUAUACCCCUGGCUCACUCGAGUACACUGAAGGAGAACUAUGAAGCGGUGAAGUAUGUGCUGGAGAAAAUUGGUUAUGAUCAGCAUAAGUGGUUUAUUUAUGUUGACCUGAAGAUGGUGAACUUUUUGUUGGGACAACAGUCUGGUUUCACCAAGUACCCAUGUUUUCUGUGCAUGUGGGAUAGUAGGGACUGUGCUCAGCAUUACACGAAGAAGGACUGGCCUGUGCGGGAGGAAUUGGUGCCUUGCAAAAAAAAGGAACGUCAUCAACGACCCUCUGGUGGACAGAGACAGAAUACUCUUCCCACCGCUGCACAUCAAGCUCGGCUUAAUCAAGCAGUUCACCAAGGCUCUGGACAAGGAUGGUGACUGCUUCACUUACUUGUGCCAGGCUUUUCCAGGAUUGACCAUGGAGAAGUUGAAAGCUGGCAUCUUUGACGGUCCUCAGAUCCGUCAGCUCAUCAGAGAUCCAGAGUUUGGAAACUCAGUGAACGAAGUGGAACUGGAAGCGUGGAAGGCAUUUGUUCUGGUAGUGAAGAACUUUCUUGGCAACAAUAAGGCCAGAAACUACGCAGAACUUGUCAACAACAUGCUGACUGCUUUCAGAAACCUGGGCUGCAACAUGAGCGUCAAGAUGCACUACCUAUUUUCACAUAUGGACCGGUUUCCUGAGAACCUGGGUUCAAUGAGUGAUGAGCAGGGGGAGAGAUUCCAUCAGGACAUGAAAGAGAUGGAGACCAGGUAUCAGGGUCCAUGGGACGCAGUCAUGAUGGCUGACUACUGUUGGACUCUGAAGAGAGACCUCCCUGCCGCUGAGCAUUCCUGGAGUUCCAAGAAACGGAAGUUCAAGCCCUGAAGUUUGAAAAAUGGUGAAGCAACAUACAAUUUAUGUGUACUUACCUUUAUCAAUGCCCACCAUUCAGUUUACAGUAAACCUGACCUGAUGGAGAGAAACGGAUGCCAUUUCCUGAUUCAGCAGUGCAAAAAUACCCUAAAUCAGUUGUAGAAAUCUAGACAACAUUCAAAAAGUAAAAAAUUGUUGCCCAGUGUUAUCCUUUACAAGAGCUGUGCUUGGUUAAAAUUCCACUUGUGUCAGAACUAGUGUUUUCUUUUCCACACUUAGCUUUCAUUAGAUGACUUUCCCCCUAUGGACAAGGCUAAGUUCAAGGUAUUGGUUCUGAUGUAUAAAACCCUGGGCAGCUUGGAAUCAGGAUACCUAAAUCAGUCUUUAGAUACCCAGUGAGUUACUAUGCUCUGCAGGAGAAGGCAUCCUGCAGAUACCAUCUUAUAGGGAGGUCUGCAUUCUGUGUGAUGUUGAAACUGGGCCUUAAGUGUUGUGCCACAUGCCUUUUGUAAUGCCCUCCUGCUAAAUAUUAGAUAGGUGCCGCCUCUGUAGACAUUUUGACACCUGCUGAAGACCUUCCUCUUUUAACAAGUCUUUUAAGUAGAGAUAUUUAUUUCCCAGUCUGCAUGCGUAUAGGAAUUGUUUUUAGGUGUGUUUAUUGUUUUAUCUUUUGUGGCAUUUGGGGGCCUUUCAUUUCCAUGAAGACCACAGAAUGUGUCUCAUGGAUCACUCAUUUCCUUCCAGCUUAUAUGGAUGGGAAACAACGGGUUAUAUAGGAGUAGCCAACAUAGUAUUCUCCAUAUGCUUUGAAUUGGAACCCCUCCAUCGCCCCUCAUCAGUGGCUGGCUGAGGCUGAUGGGCCUUGGAGUGCCCAUCUAGAGGGGACCAUGUUGACUACCCCAAGGUUAGGCAGCUUAGUAUCAAAGGGACUGAUUUCAGUCUUGUAUGGCCUGCCACAUUUUUAACUAGAAUUCCCAAAAUCUACUUGCAAAGUUGCAGAUCAUGGUCAAGGGGGAGACAUCUUAACCAUGAUUUGGUAAGCAAAACCUUGAUUUAGCUGCCAUCUGCUGAUGUUAAAAGGCCCAGGGAGGAGCGAAGUGUGUGCAAGCCAGCACAUUUGCACAGUUGCUUAUUGUCAUGUGCAAAGCACACCUUGUUUAAGGUGCAUUACUGAAUCAACCCAAGGUUCAUCUAGAUAAGCAUUCUUCAAAAUCUGCAUCUGUUAGGUAGCCCACCAGAAACUGGCCAGUGAAUCACCACUGGCUCAUAUUCUGACUCUGCCAUGCCUCAGGUCUACCCCUUGUCAAAAAUUUUGGGUUGCCUUCCUAGCUCGUAUUGGUUUAAUGCAGACAUGAUGAGGAAUUUGGGGUAUUCAAGGUGUUUCCCUUAUCUUUUCCCUACAGGUUACUGUUUGGGUUGGAAUUUGCUUUCUUGGUUUGGUGGACUCCCAAAGUAAAAUACGAAGGAGGAUUUCCCAUCUAUUACUAUAUUAUAUUGCUUUUGAGUUAUGCUUUGCAUCAGGUAAUAAGUUGCUCUCUGUGUGUGUGUGUUUGAGUAGUCUGUGUAGAUACAAGGCUUUGAUAUAUACCGUAUUUUUCGCUCCAUAAGACGCACCGAGUUUUUAGAGGGGGAAUGCAAGAUCCUGUAUGCUGAGCAGUGCUGAGCAGAUCCUGUAUGCAUCCCAGGCUCUGACGGGCUGCCCUUCUCCCUCCUCGGGGAAAAGCCCCCAAGAGCUGCACACACGCUCCGCGUGGCUCUUUAAAGGGAGUGCGACUCUUGGGGGCUUUUGCGGGAGGUGGGGGAAGGGACAGAGUCGCGUACUCUGUCACUUCCCCCACCUCCCGCAAGAGCCGUCCGCUAUUUAAAGGGAGCGCAGCUAUCCCUGGCUUUUGCGGGAGGUGGGAGAAGGGAUAGAGCUGCCCGCAAAAGCCAAGGAUAGCUGCUCGAAGCCUCUGCAGGGCAGCGGGGAGCCUUCAUCCCACUGCCCUGCGGAGGCUUCGUGGGGUAUCCCAGAAGCCAGAACAGCUAGAGGGAGUGCUGCGCCGUGCUCCCUCUUGCUGUUCUAGCUUCUGGCUUAGCCGCGCAGCCUGCAUUCGCUCCAUAAGACGCGCAUGCAUUUCCCCUUACUUUUUAGCAGGGGAAAAGUGCGUCUUAUAGAGCAGAAAAUACGGUAUAUAUGAAGAAUGCAUUGAGCUUAGGCUUUGUUACCACUUAAGGUAUAUUCAAUUUCCUAAAACACAUUUGUCUGCUACCUUCAAGUCUUUACUGAUACUGUUAGUACUAGAGAAGGAUGGACCAGUUUCUUUCUUUUCCAUGUUAAAUAUAGUGGGGUAGGAGAGCUGAAAAUAAUGCCAGUAUGUUUUACAUCUGUCAACCAAUGUGCCCCUUUAGUUUCAGGUAUUACAUGGGUAGAUGAGUUUAUAAAGCCAGGGACAUACAUUAUCACAGCUCUCUGGCAGCUGUGGUGGCUCAUUAACUGAAGUAAUGUGUUUAGCAUUAACUCUGGAAGUGUAAACUGUAUUCUGACCAAACCAAGCCUAGGAGUAUACAGAUUGCCAGAUGUGAAUUUUUUCCCAGCUCUUCCACCGCACUAUGUAAGUGUUUUCCUUACUGAAAUCUUGUGUUGGAGGGUUAUUUUGUUGCAAAAACACUGUUUUUGUUUCUUCCUACAAGAUAUGUAAAAGUGGGAAUCUUUGGUCUUCCAAGACCCCAGCAGCUCUCAACAGCUGGCCCCUUUUGACUACAUUUCAUGUUAAAAGGCAGCUCCACAGUGUUCCAUAAGACAUUUCACUAAAAUAGCAGUUGCUACUUGAAGCUGUUCUCUUGCGUCAUUCUCUUUGUGUUCAUCUGUCUUUCCCCCAGGUUACGCUGUACAGCAUGUAUGUUGCUAUAAUGGCUUUCAAUGCCAAAGUUAGUGACCCACUCAUAGGAGGAACGUACAUGACGCUACUUAACACAGUGUCGAAUUUGGGUGGAAACUGGCCGGCAACAGUAGCUCUUUGGCUUGUGGAUCCACUUACAGUGAAGGAGUGUGUCGGAGCUCAAGGACAUAACUGUGGGACUGCAGCUGCUGCAGAAGUAAGUUUCUUAUAAGAGACGCUUUCAUUCCGACACUAGUCUUGAUGCACUGACACUAACUUUCUGCACUGAUAUUUCCUCCCCAUUUAAAAAGCAUCUUAGGAAUAGCUUUUGCUCUUGCAUAUUAUCAAGUGAGAUAAUUUGCACCUCCUGUGUUAGCUAUGCAAGACCUUCGCUUUAUUCACCUUAUGGGGUUUGAACAGUGUGAUUUUAGCCACAUAGUAGUGUGAUAGCAAAGUUGUAAGACUUUUCCAGAAUGCUCGUAUAAGAUCAUAUUGAAAGAAUAAUUGUUCCUUCAGCUUUGGCUACAACCCACAUGCUUCAAUUGUCUUCCUCCAGUAGGCAUCACUGAUGGGGCAUUAUGAAGCUUAAGGCAGCUGCAUUACUCCCUACAAAAGCAUAGACUUUUAAUUAAAAAGGGGAAGGGCAUCUGGGAAAAAAGUCUUUUUUUCCCUGGAUGCCCACCCCCUUCUUAUUUUUUUAAAAAAUUGUUUUUUGCCAAGUAUGUAAAGCCAAAUCCGCACAAUUUAAAUGUACACAAGUUGCGAGUUACCUGUAAUACAAAAUUAUUAUGAAUGGGUGGUAACCAAAGUUAGUCAUACUCUGAGCAGACCCAUUGCAAUCAAUGGACUUUGUAACAUCCACUGAUUUUAGUGGGGGUACCACUUAGUUAGAUAUCACCCAACAUACUAUAUUUUUAAGGGAAAAAACAGUGUGUUCAUCUAGAAUGCUUCAUCAAUGCAUUUUAACUUAUUAUGUUAAUACAUAUAUCCGUAUAACAUCUUUUGACGCCCUUCUCUCAUUCUCUCUUGCAGCUUUGUACAAAAGAAGGUGGCUCUUGUAUUAUUACCUUGGAUGGUUAUUACGUGGAAUCCCUAAUAUGCGUGGCUUUGGGAUUUGUUUGGUGGUUGUUCCUCGGUCCCAAAUUCAAAAAGCUGCAGGACGAGAGGGCAUCUUCAUGGAAAUGCAGGAGAACCAGUUCAUAGGAAAACACUGACAAAAGUUGUUAUGGUUUUAUCCCAUAAUGAGUACACAAAAGAAUAAAUACAUCUAUGUAGGGGGAAAAUGGCCAUUUUAUGCCAAAUGACUUUCUAAAAAACCAAGCCAGGAAAGCAGUAUAUGGAUCAGUUAAAAAAGCACACACACCAACAACAUUUUCUUAAGUUAGAAAUGAAUAAAUAAUCAUACUCAAAACAGCACUUUAAAACUACAGAGCUGUUGUGCUAACUUGCAGCGUCUGCCUUUUGUCUUCUGAUUGAUUUCUUUAACAUUAUCUCUAAACAAAACUUUUAUGAAACCAUAACAUUUUGAUUUAAAUGUAAACGUUGAAUGUAUAUGGUAAAAUAAGCUGUAGAGAGAACAAUCAAUCUGAUACAUUUUCCACAACCCCUUUUAAUUGCUGACCAUAACUACGCUUUAUGGGAGAAAACAAUGAGUAUCAAAAGAUUCUCUCAAAUGUAUUUUCCUGGCUUCUACAAGCUUUAAAGAUUUAUAAGAGGAAUAUUUUUAUAAUGGUGAAAAUUUAGCUUUUUCCUUUUCUUUUAAUGUGCACACUUGACUUCAAGGCUCUUGAUUUGCAAAUAGAAGUGGUUUCUUCAGGACAGCAUUUGUAUGAGAGAAGCAGCUGGCUAGGCACUUAGGUUGAUCACACCUGGUAGAGUGGUAGGCAGGCAUAUUGACUAGUACUGAAGAACGGGCUUCCGAAAGAUUAGGGGCACUUAUAAGGCCAGUGAAUUCAGCUUGCUUGAAAAAGCAAAUAUGCUGUUUCUCAAGAAUUGCUGUUUUUUUCUUUUGUGAGGCCCAAAGAGGACUAGGCGAAAGAUGUGGUGCCUUUUGAAAAGAAAUGGUGAUGGAUUGUCUGUACUUUCAUUGUUUUAGGACAUUCAUAUCGUUCUAAUGUAAGUCAUUCAAUCAUUCCUGGCUGCUGCCUGGAAUCUCCUACAACUGGUAACGCGAUUUUUGCAAUUCUCAUUAUUAAGAGGGAAUCUUCUCUUUAGUGCCUUAAGGAUGUACAAUACAAUGUAUAUCACAUAAGAAAGGGGCACUGUUAUAGUAUGUUGUUGGAUGUAUUUUGUACAUCUCUCAUGAUAUUAAAAUACCUUCAAAAGGUGUGGCAGGCUAGUGUCAUACUCUUGAUGCUGUCUCAGUUUUACUGGUUAUUUCAAGAGGUCAGUUCUUUCUGAAAUGGAUAUUAAUUCUUGAUUCCAAGUGAAUCUGUGAUUUACUGUGUACUGUUUUUCUUUUAAAGCUCUUUUCUGAGUGCAAAUAAAUGUUAAGCCUGUUUGAGAAGGAAGUUUACACAACUCUUAAGCACACUUACUUGGGAGUAAAUGCCCCUGAAAUUCGUGGGACCUACUUCCAGGGAAACAGAGUUAGGAUCAUAGGGUUGGAAGAGGUUUUAAAAUCAACAGAGAGAAAAACAUUCUUAGUCUGCCCUUGAUCUAUAUUCCUCUCCUUCUGAAGAACAAAGUGGCCCAUUGUUAAGCAAUGUAUAACCGAAAUUGCCAACACCUUAAGAUCCCAGUACUUAGAUUUAUAGCUGUUUAAGUGGUUUGUGGAUUUCAGGGAUCCUUCUGCAACCUUAAAACUACAUUUAUAGCCAACUGUUUGUUUUUACAAUAAUAGGGAGAACUCCUGGACUGCUCCCAAUUGGAUUUUAAGAUUGCAGCCUAUCAAUGAUAUUCAUAAACUAGUUAAAUCAGCAAUACUCUGAUUGAAUUCAUGGACCUAAACUAGAUAACAUCCAGUUUAAACAUAUUUAACUAGUGACUUUGGCAGGAAAUUGGGUUACACAUUGCUUCCCUGUGGCCACUUGUUUAAUAUGUUCUGCAGGUAGGCAGUAUGUGCUGAGAUUGCAGGUUGUUUGUGUGUUCUGUUGGUUGAGCUCCAGUAACUUCAUUUAGAUUUGGCUGGUAGAAUAUAGGGAUGACAUUUUUAUUGGUCUCUCCUGCGCCUUUAAAAGCAGCUUGAUUUGCAGGCAUUUGUUAGGUGAUAAUGCUGAUCUCUAACAGCAAAGAGUUGCACCUGUUGAUUUCUAUAGAUCAAGCUGAUGUUGAAGGCACGGUGUUGGCUGGGUUUUGGGUCUGUUAGUAAACUUCAUAGGGUUUGAGACACUCUAGUCCCCACCCCCCCGCCCUGGGCAUAUUCUAACAUGGUGAUAUUGUUGUAUUAAUAUCUUGUAGUUCAGUUCAUAUGAAUAAUCAGACCUGUUUACUUGAAUGAAAAAUCCUUGGCGCUCUCACUAAGUACUUUUAGUUUUCAUUCAUUGUUUACAAUAAACUGAUUUUGUUUGCCUUAAUUUUGAUCCAUCCCUAUUGCCUAGGUGGGACGAAUAAAAUGCUACUUUAAUACUAUAUGUGUAUGAUAGUUAAUGAGAGGAUAUUUAGUGGCUAAAACUUGUAUUUAUCAUUUCCAUUUAUUUUUGGUUUGCCACCGCAUAAAUGAAAAGCCUGUUAACAGAGAACGUUUAUUAACUGUCUCUAGACAAUGUUAGGCAGGGGAUACUUCUAGAAAAAAGGUGUCUGGCUUGCAGAACAUGCACAGGAAAUUAGCCAGUGAGGCGUUUUAUGUUUUCCAGUUCUGUAUUACUGUUUAUACAGGGUGCCAAGAAAAAUAAAGGCUAUGCAUUUAAACAAAUGUCUGAUGCUGUAGAGUAAAUGUUGUGAAUGGCUAAUUAAACUAAAACCCAGAAUCAAUAGCAAAGCUUGAACUAAAACUUUCCUAAAAAAUGAGAAACCUUAAAAGAAAUUUCAGCAUACUCCGAGAAUGAAAGAAGUGCUCAGCAUUACUUUUUUGCACUUAAACACAUUUGUAUUAAACUUGUUGUGUUGAAUUCUUGGACACUCAUCACCGAUGUGAUUUUGCAGAGGGAAUUCCUAUAGAUUUGGAAGCAUAUCCUGAGUUGUGCCUGCACCCGAGAUAGCAGAGUCUGUGGAGUUGCUAUAGGUUAAGCAUCCACCUUUCACUUAUCUGAAUUGUACUAAAUGAGAACAAAAUGAGACCUGUAGUUAUUGAAGGCUAUCUGCAUUAUUUGAGAGGUAAAUUAUGCUGCUUGAUAUAAUUUCAGGUGCAGGCUACAAAUGAUGUAAAUUGGGGAAAAGGUUUAAUUAAAGUUCUCUAUGGUGUUCCCUUAAUUGGAGUAAAUAAUAACGUGAUACUCUUGGCAUAAAAUUGCUUCCCAUUUUCAGGAUAAUGAGUGAUUCCCUGACAGCAAUUGUGAUCAUUCAUGGCAAUCAAGUACAAUUACCUCACAAAAAGUGGAACACAUCUUCUCACUUGUAUAUAAGGUUCAGAAGAAAAUGUUUUCUAUAGCAAUAAUCACGUCAUGUGAAAGGAGAAAUUGUCAAGGGGGAAAAUAUGCUGAGUUGUGAUAAAAGUAUUAUUUGAUAACUACCACUUGAACUCUCAUCUGCACUCUGUGAUGCUGUCUUCAGUUCUGAUUAGAUUUACAAAGCUUAAGCUGUUUUUUUCUGGGUUUUCUAUUGGCUAUAAAGUUCAUAGUUUGGAGAAUAUUCUUUUUAUAUCUUCAAAGGUUCAUCAGAGAUGACUGUAGAAGUAUUGAAUAAUAAAAUAUUGCCUUUUUUAAAAGAAGGCUAAAACUAUUUGCUCGAUACAAACGAUAUAUAAAGCAAGUUAAUCUACAAAGGAUUUGUAGAUGUACAUACUUGUUGCAUACUUGUUGAUGAAAAAAACUAAAAUAUUGCUCAAAUGGAUGACAAAUUGAUUUAAGUGUGAAUCAUAUAAGUAAUGGCCAGGAACUCUGUGAAACCAAUUCCUUUGACUGUAAUAGAGAGUGGAAACAGAAGUAUAAUGUAUAUGUUGGAAUAUUUCUUGACUGUUUGUGUUCUUUCCUUUAUAAUGUGCUGUAAAUUGAGGCACUGGUACACACAAAAUAGGUUUGCUUUUGAAACAGCUGUUAGUCAUAAUGAAGAACAGAACAAAACGGCUGGACCAUUUCAUGAUUAAAAAUAGCUGACGUGUAAAAUGGAACAAACGUGUUUAAUUUUUCUAUUUUACCCAAAGCGUUUCCUGGGUUUUCUCUUCAUGUUUAAGCUUUAAAAUAAAUAAAUAAAUAAGUUCUGUCAAUUGAUAAAUAUGAGACGACACAAUUACCUUGCUGAAAGUGCUAAAUUUACAGAACCAUAUCCCUUAGGAAGUCUCAGAAGCUCUAUCUAUUGUUUCAAUAAAGCAAUAUUGCAGUUUUA